GCUCCGCAGUUGUUCCCUUUUGUCAGCUCACUGUUUGUGCUGAAUUUGCACUUGAACUGGAGUCAAAAAACACACACAAAGAUGACCGGCCGGAUUAUGCAAGCGGCUCGAUGCCCAACAGACGAAUUGUCGUUGACCAACUGCGCUGUCAUCAAUGAGAAGGAGCAGCAGUUUGAACAACACGUGACUGUGCGCAAUUUAACCCACAAGUAUGUGUUCACCUUGAAGACGCACACCAGUGUUAACUGCGGCACCAUUGGCUUCAGCCUGCCACAGAGAAAAUGGGCCGGCCUAUCGAUUAACCAAGAGGUUGAAGUAACAAACUACAAGUUUGACAGUUCCAAACAGUUAAUAAGCACCAUGAUAGUGGAAAUUGACUUUCUGCAAAAGAAGACUGCGGACAGCAACCCCUACGACUCAGGACACAUGGCCAAUGAGUUCCUCCAGCACUUCAACAACCAGGCCUUCAGCGUCGGCCAGCAGCUGGUGUUUAGUUUCUGUGAUAAGCUGUUUGGCUUGCUGAUAAAGGAUAUUGAGGCCAUGGACCCCAGCGUCCUGAAGGGAGAGCGAGGCUCUGGCAAGAAACCGAAGAUUGAAAUCGGUUUGUUGCUGCCAAACAGUCAGGUGAUCUUCGAGAAGUCGGAGACCUCAUCCAUGACCCUGGUCGGGAAAGCCAAGACCCGAGAGUCUCGUCAGUCCAUCAUCAGCCCAGACUGGAACUUCGAGAGGAUGGGGAUUGGCGGCCUCGACAAGGAGUUUUCUGACAUCUUCCGUCGAGCCUUCGCUUCCCGAGUCUUCCCUCCAGACAUAGUAGAACAGAUGGGCUGUAAGCAUGUGAAGGGCAUCCUGCUGUACGGACCCCCAGGCUGCGGAAAAACCCUGAUGGCACGACAGAUUGGCAAGAUGCUCAAAGCCCAGGAGCCGAAGAUCGUCAACGGCCCCGAGAUUCUGAACAAGUACGUCGGAGAGUCUGAGGCCAACAUCAGGAAACUGUUUGCAGACGCCGAGGACGAACAGAAGCGGCUCGGUGCAAACAGCGGCCUUCACAUCAUCAUAUUUGAUGAGAUUGACGCAAUCUGUAAACAGCGUGGCAGCAUGGCCGGCAGCACGGGAGUCCACGACACCGUCGUCAACCAGCUGCUGUCCAAGAUCGACGGAGUGGAGCAGCUCAACAACAUCCUGGUCAUAGGUAUGACCAACAGGCCUGACCUGAUCGAUGAGGCCUUGUUGAGACCUGGAAGACUGGAGGUGAAGAUGGAGAUUGGGUUACCGGAUGAAAAGGGCCGCAUACAGAUCCUCAACAUCCACACAGCAAAGAUGCGUCAGUACGAACUGCUGGGCACUGACGUCGACAUUAAGGAGCUGGCGGUGGAGACGAAGAACUACAGCGGUGCCGAGCUGGAGGGUCUGGUCAGAGCUGCACAGUCCACUGCCAUGAACAGACACAUCAAGGCCAGUAACACGGUGGAGGUAAACAUCGAGACGGCAGAGAAGCUGCAGGUCUGCAGACUGGACUUCAUGGCUUCACUGAACAACGACAUCAAACCUGCUUUUGGCACCAAUCAGGAGGACUACGCCAGCUACAUCAUGAACGGGAUCAUCCGAUGGGGUGACCCGGUGUCAGCCGUGUUAGAGGACGGGGAGCUGCUGGUGCAGCAGACGAAGAACAGCGACCGCACACCGCUGGUCUCUGUGCUGCUGGAGGGCCCACCUAACAGUGGGAAAACAGCGCUGGCCGCUAAGAUCGCUGAAGACUCCCAGUUCCCCUUCAUCAAGAUCUGCUCCCCCGACAAGAUGAUCGGACACUCGGAGAUCGCCAAAUGCCAAGCCAUCAAAAAGAUAUUUGAAGAUGCCUACAAGUCCCAGCUGAGCUGUGUGGUUGUGGAUGAUAUUGAACGUUUACUAGACUACGUCCCGAUCGGCCCCCGUUUCUCCAACCUGGUGUUACAAGCUCUGCUGGUGCUGCUGAAGAAACCUCCUCCAAAGGGACGUAAGCUGCUGAUCAUCGGCACCACAAGUCGUAAAGACGUCCUCCAGGAAAUGGAGAUGUUGGACGCUUUCAGCACCACCAUCCACAUUCCCAACAUCUCGAGGGGAGAGCAGCUGGUCGAUGCACUUGAGCUGCUGGGCAGUUUUCAGGAUAUAGAGCGAGCCAGCAUAGCUAAAGCUGUGAAGGGCCAAAGUCUGUGGAUUGGCAUAAAGAAGUUGCUCAUGCUGAUUGAAAUGGCCGUGCAGAUUGAUCCCGGCUACAGAGUGAACAAGUUCCUGAGUCUGCUGAAGGAUGAAGGAGCACUGGGUUCUGAUAAGUUUGUGGCAAUCUAGACUCAGUGGAGCCACAUAGUGAGAAAGAGGCAUCGUUCAACGUUGCUGAGAAACGGAAGCCUGAAAGAGGCUGGCAGGAGGAAGCAAGCGAGAGAUAGUUUCCAUCUCUCUCUCUGCAUCCUUCCCUCCCGUCCCUGAAGCUCUGCGCGCUUCUCUCUGCACUGCAGCUUUCUGCAGCAGCAACCAACCAGGCAACCUCCUUCCUCCUCUUCAGCACUAUGUGAACACGUAAAGUAAGAUAAACGAGCAGUGUUUGUGCUAUCUGUGUAUAUUGCAUCUGCACAAGAUCAGUGCUGUUAUCUCAAUGUGAUGCCCCCAACACUCCUUUGGGAUUUUAUAUAUAUAUAUAUAAAAAAAAGAGGAAAAGAUUUUGCAUGCACAAACACUAAUCAUAACACUGUUUGUUUAUAUAGGCUUUAUUUGUAUGCACAGGUUUGUAAUCUGAUCAUUCCAGGACUUAAAAAAAAUCUCACUUUGUUCUUAUGUCAUGUACAUGCUCGUGUCUGACCUUUUUUAUGUUAUAAAUAAAUUAAUUCUAUUACUAUUACUAACAAAAAA